UAUCAAGUUAUUUUGUAAUUCAAGUAUAUUUAAUAAUUUUAAAUCGAAAAAUUAAUCACGAUUAUAUUUGAUAAAAUUAUAUUUUAUUAAUAUACUAAGGUUAAGUAAUAUAGAAAGAAGGCAUGGUUUGCAAUGGCUUCACUUACAAGUACUGUUUUUAAAGAAAGAUUUCUUUCUGCUUUUAAAGAAGACGAAACACUGAACAUAACGUGCCAACAGAUCGCUUUAGAAAUACAAUCUGGUUAUACAAAACUUUAUACAGUUGUGGAAGAACUUGGACCUUUUGUAACAGAAAAAGAUGUUAAAAUACGAGAAAAAGGCAUUUGUGCCCUUUCUAUUAUUUUAUUUUAUUUACCAAAAGAUUUUUUGAAUGAAGCUGAAUUGGGUUUUAUAACAUCAUUUUAUUGUGAUAGAUUAAAGGAUCAUCAUAAUAUUAUACCAGUAGUAUUAAAAGGAAUUUUGUCAAUUGUUCAAAUGACUCAUUUGCCUAAAGAUUCACCUGCAUAUUUAUUCAGAGCUCUUUUUGAAAAUGUUCAGUGCCAAUCUCAAUUAUUAUUAGAUCGUAGGAAUAUAUAUUUCAUAUUUAUAACAUUAUUGGAAAAUAAAAUAGAAGAUUUAAAAGCUAUGGGACCAGAUUUUAUUUAUGGAGUUAUUAGUGCUAUAGAUGGAGAAAGGGAUCCUAGAAAUCUUAUGCUAUUAUUUAGUGCACUUCCAAAAUUUAUAAAAGAAUUUUCACUAGGCCAUUUAACUGAAGAAAUGUUUGAAGUCAUUGCAUGUUACUUUCCAGUUGACUUCAAUCCUUCUGGAACAGAGGGAAUAGGGAUAACACGUGAUGAUUUGGCAGAAAAAUUAGCACCUUGUCUUUGUGCUAUACCAGAAUUUGCUGAAUUCUGUAUACCACUUAUAAUUGAUAAAUUAUUCUCUAAUCUUAAAAUUGCCAAGAUGGAUUGUUUGAAUUUAUUGUGCAAGGGUACACCAAUAUUUGGUGUAAAAGGUCUUGAACCACAUUUGACCGAAUUAUUUAUUGCUUUAAAAAAAGAAAUUAUACCAGGUGCAGAUUUAGAAUUAAAAAAUGCAAGUUUGAAGGCAGUUAUAUCUCUAAUUGAAACUAUAUCAAGUAAUGUUAAACUUUGUAAAAGUUUUAUUGAUGAUAUAAUCACAAAUGUAAAUUUAUCUAUGUAUGAUGUGCAACUUAGUUUAUUUAGACCAACUAUAAAAUUGUUGGAAUGUGUGGCAAUGGUCAAUAAAGAAUCAUGUACAGAAAUAUUAAAAGUAAUAGUACCAUUAUCUCUUGGUCAAUAUUCUACUGAUAUUUCAAUAAUUAAUAAAGUAAUUUUAAUUGAAACACUAAAUACUUUUAUUAAAAUUGCUUCUGAUUAUGGAUUUACUAUCAAGGAUAUUCCAGAACUAGCAUGGACAGAUAUACCAAAUUUAUAUUUAAAUGAAUUAUCAACACAAAAUACAGAAUUACAAUCCAAGAUAUUGUUUGGUUUAACAAUACAAAAAGCAUAUUUAAAUAAAACACAUCGCACUCUAAUUUAUGAUAAAAUUUAUAGUUUGAGUGAAGUGAAAUAUAAUGAAAUAAAAAUACUUUGUCAUUCAUGUCUUAUAAGUUUUGCUACAUUAUAUCCAGAUGAAAUAUCAAAUUUAAUUAAAGAAAAAUUUCAAUUAGCUGGUGAAGAGAAAAUAGAAAUACAAAUUCAUAAAUUAGAAGUAUUAGCAGCUGUUGCUAAAACAUAUAAAUUAGCUAUUGAAGUUCUUCCUCAAAUUGUAUCACAAACAAAUAUUGCAAAUUCUGAUAUAAGCUUUACAGCUUUAACAUGUCUUCAUAGGCUAGUUACUACAAAAAAUAUUGAUUAUAAUGUACAACAUUAUCUAUAUUAUGAGUGUAAUAUAAUUCAAAAAUUGAUUGCACUUAGAUUUAAUCCUAUAGAUCAAAGAUUAGAUAUAGUUUUAAAUAUUUGUCGAUUAAUUGUACGAAAUUUAACACUUGAAGAGCAACAAAAUCUUAUUAAUAAAUAUGCUUCAGUUUUGAAUGAACAAGUUUCAGAAUUUGAUGCUAUUUUUGUAAUGAAUCUUUUCAUUCCUUUACGUCAAAAUGUUGAUUUCAUAAUAAAUUUAAAUUUAUUACAAAAUCUCCAUAAUUUGGCAUUUAACAAUAAUUAUUUAAAUAUAAGACUUAUAACGCAUAAAUUUAUUGCUGUAAUAUUAAACAAAAUUAAUGAUAAUGACGAAUCGUUUUUACGUAUUUUAUCAUAUUUUAAAGAGAAAAUAAAUAAUAAUUUGAAUUUAAAUGUUAAUACUGAAAUAAUGAAAGCAGCAGUUUCUUUACAAGUAUGGUUAACAAAAGCUAUAAUUACAAAAGGUUCUUGUGAUGUUGAAAUAUUUUUGAAUGAACUUACCAAUAUUUUAAAACAUGAUCAAAUAGGUCAACAUAUAGCACAAGAAUAUAAAAUCUUAACAAAUAGACAUGAGGAUACUUUGAUAGAAGAAAAUUUCUGUAAUGUUAAAAUUUUGUAUAAACAAAGAGUAUUUGAACAUUUAAUUAAAAAAAAUUUUGAAUUUGAAAAUAUCUCAAGACAAAACUAUUUAAGUGCAUUAGUACAGCUAUUAGAAGAAGUACCUGUAGAACUCUUCUUUAUGUAUUUAUCUAAGCUGGUCCCUCUUUUAAUAGAAUCUUUAUCUCUUGACAAUGAACAAUUACUUUUUUUAACUUUAACAACAUUGAAUCUUCUCUUAGAGACUAAACAUGAUAUUUUUUCUGAUAAAAUACAAUGUUUCAUUCCAAGAUUAUUAAAUUUAUCUACUUAUAAAACUAUGAGAGUCAGAAUAGCAGCUCUAGAAUGCCUAACAAAUUAUUGUAAAUAUCCAAUUGUUUUAAUUAAUACAUAUAAACAAGAUGUAUUAGAAAAAUUAUCAGUAUCAAUUGAUGAUCGAAAACGUUUAGUGCGAAAAGCCGCGGUAAAAGCAAGAACAAGAUGGUUUUUAGUUGGUGCGCCAGGAAUAUUAAAAGAAUAAUGAUCUGUUUUAUUUUAACUUACAUGAAAUUUAUCACAAUAAAAUCUUUUGUAAUUUAUAAAUGUAUACAUUUAUUUUUAUU